AUGAUGGCAAAUUGCCUGGUGCGGUCUCCCUCCUUCUUCUCCUUCGUUCUCCUGUCAGCUGCGCUGGUUUCGUACGAGGUGAGCAUGGUGGCCACCGCGCAGAACGCACCGCCAGCGCGGGCCCACGUCGGCGUUAUCCUGGAUUUGACGACGCCGGUCGGGCGCAGGCGGCGGACGGGCAUCCAGAUGGCGGUGGAGGACUACUACGCCGCGCACCCCAGCUCGGCCACGAGGGUGGCGCUCCAUUUCAGGGACUCCGCGGGGGACCCUCCUCGCGCGGCUUCUGCUGCGGUGGACCUGAUCAAGAACGCGCAGGCGCAGGCGAUCAUCGGGCCUCCGACCUCUGCCGAGGCCGAGUUCGUGGCCCGCAUCGGCGACCACGCCGGCGUCCCGGUCAUCUCCUACUCCGCCACCUCCCCCGCGUUGACCCCCGUGCAGACGCCCUUCUUCGUGCGCACGGCGGCCAACGACUCCUUCCAAACGGCGCCCGUCGCGGCCGUCCUCGGCGCCUUCAGCUGGCGCGCGGCGGUCGUCGUGUACGAGGACACGGCCUACGGGACCGGCAUCCUCCCGGCGCUCUCCGACGCGCUCCAGGGCGUCGGCGCCAAGAUCAUGGUCCGCACGGCCGUGCCCAGCGACGCGGACGACGCCCGACUAGACGCGGUGUUGUACCACUUCAUGGCGAUGCCGACGCGCGUGUUCGUGGUGCACAUGCUGUAUCCUCUCGCCGCGCGGCUCUUCCGCCGCGCGAAGAAGGCUGGCAUGAUGUCCCAGGAGUACGUCUGGGUCGCCACGGACGGCGUCGGCAGCUUCAUGGACAGGCUCAGCCCCGAGGACGUGGACGCGAUGCAGGGCGUCGUCAGCCUCCAGCCUUACGUGCAGCUGACGGAUGCCGCCAAGAACUUCUCGGCACGGCUUGUGGCGAGGUCCCGGCGGGAGAAUCCGGCAGAUGGGGGUGUCGGCGACUCAACCUUGAUGAGGCUAUGGUCGUACGACACGGCAUGGGCAAUCGCUGCGGCCGUCGAGACGGCCCGCGUCCCCAGUCCGGCGUUCCAGACGCCUGGAGGGACCACGGCGCUGACGGACUUGGACCGGCUCGGCGUGUCGGCCACCGGAACAUCACUUCUCAAGGCGGUGCUCGCCACGACGUUUGAGGGUAUAGCCGGCAAGUUCAAGCUGGUAGACGGGCAGCUGCAGCUGCCGGCGUAUGAGGUGGUGAACAUCAUCGGCAGAGGAGCCAGGACGGUCGGCUUCUGGACGCCGGAGUUCGGGAUCACGCAAGAUCUGAACCCCAACAGCGCCAAGGCGCUGAGACAAAUCCUGUGGCCAGGCGAGCCACGGUCCGCUCCGAAAGGCUGGACCGUGUCACCAAAUGGGCGGAUGCUCCUGGUGGCCGUGCCGGCGAAGAACGGGUUCGAGCAGUUCGUGGACGUCUCCCAGAAUUCCACAACCGGAGAGGAGAAGAUCACAGGCUAUUGCAUCGACGUGUUCGAUGAGGUCAUGAAGAAUCUCCCCUAUCCCGUGAGCUACCGGUACGUGCCACAGAACGUUAGCUUGGAUUCUUAUGACAAACUGGUGGACCUGGUACACGAUCAGAAAUUCGACCUGGUCGUGGGAGACGUGACGGUGACCGCGAGCAGGAUGGCCGAAGUGGACUUCACGAUGCCAUUCACGGAGUCGGGGUGGUCGAUGGUGGUGGCGGCGCAGGAGGACACGGGCUCAAACAUGUGGAUCUUCGUGCGGCCGCUAAGCACAGGCCUCUGGCUCGCCAGCCUCGGCUUCUUCUGCUUCACCGGCUUUGUCGUGUGGGUGAUCGAGCACCGGAUCAACCCCGAGUUCCGAGGCACGCCCUGCCAGCAGUUCGGCCUCAUCUUCUACUUCGCCUUCUCGACCCUCACGUUCUCACACAGGGAGAAGCUGCAGAGCAAUCUGUCGAGGUUCAUCGUCAUCACGUGGGUCUUCGUCGUCUUGAUCCUGACGUCGAGCUACACGGCGAGCCUGACGUCGAUGCUGACCGUCCAGAAGCUCCUGCCGACGGUGACCGACGUGAGGGAGCUCCAGAGAAACGGCCACUACAUCGGGUACCAGGAGGGCAGCUUCAUCGAAUCCUCGCUCCAGAAAAUGGGCUUCGACCAUAGCAGGAUGAGGAAGUACAAUUCGUCCAAGGGGUACGCAGACGCGCUAUCCAGAGGCUCGGCGAACGGCGGGGUCGCCGCGGUGUUCGACGAGAUCCCGUACCUGAAGCUCUUCCUGUCGGAAUACUGCAAGGACUACAUGAUGGUGGGGCCCAUCUACAAGACUGUCGGCCUAUCAUUUGUGUUCCCGAAGGAUUCUCCAAUGACGGGGGACGUGUCGCGGGGCAUACUGACGCUGGCGGAAGGAGAGAAGAUGUCCAAGAUCGAGAAGGCGUGGUUCGGGGAGCCGGAUGCGUGCCUGCAACAGAGCAGCGCCGAGGUCGCCCGUCGUCCGGCCUAA